AGGAAGCUGUAGCUGCUGAGUUCUAGGCUGAAGCCCAGGGACAGUGGGAUGGAGUCCGUGGCCCUGUACAGCUUCCAGGCCACCGAGAGUGACGAGCUGGCCUUCAACAAGGGGGACACGCUUAAGAUCCUGAACAUGGAAGAUGACCAGAACUGGUACAAGGCCGAGCUCCGAGGAGCCGAAGGUUUUGUUCCCAAGAACUACAUCCGUGUAAAGCCACACCCGUGGUACUCAGGCAGAAUUUCUCGACAGCUGGCUGAAGAGACUCUGAUGAAACGCAACCACCUCGGAGCCUUCCUGAUCCGAGAGAGCGAGAGUUCCCCUGGCGAGUUCUCAGUUUCUGUGAAUUAUGGCGACCAGGUGCAGCACUUCAAAGUGCUUCGAGAGGCCUCAGGGAAGUACUUCCUGUGGGAGGAGAAGUUCAACUCCCUCAAUGAGCUGGUCGACUUCUACCGAACCACCACCAUCGCUAAGAGGCGGCAGAUCUUCCUGUGUGAUGAGCAACCACUGAGCAAGCCAUCCCGGGCUUGCUUUGCCCAGGCCCAGUUUGACUUCUCGGCACAGGACCCAUCUCAGCUCAGCCUCCGCCGAGGUGACAUCGUGGAAGUUGUGGAGCGUGAGGACCCACACUGGUGGCGGGGUCGAGCAGGCGGGCGCCUGGGCUUCUUCCCACGGAGCUAUGUGCAACCGGUACACUUGUGACGACAAAAGACCAGAGGAGUGAUGCUCUGGGCUCAGCUUCUUCACACUAACCAGGGCCAAUAUUGGUCACCACCAGGCUGGGGGCAGAAGCUUCUGGCCUGACUGCUUCCCAUUGGUCUCUGAGUUUGUGACAUCACCUGCCACUGACAAGGCCCAUCAUCUCCCGACUUGAGGACCAAUUGCUAAUGGCUAGGGCCAGCUUAGAAAGCGCUUCUUUUGAGCGGCCACCUGCUGCCCAUCUUCCAAAGGCCUUUCAGGUUGUGCAAUUUACUGGGAACUGGCUUAGCCCUGGGCAACCUCAACUUCCAUAAGAGUGCAAAGUUGCUCCCACCCCAACAGCUUGGAGCCUCCUGGCCUUACCCCACCAGCACUGGAAUGAGGUUCUAGAGAGGUGAAUCCAGUUGGAAAAGGCCUGAUAGACACAGAAGCAAUGCAGCGGGUCCCCUCUUGUUGGUUACAGGCAGAGCGCAGCUUGGAGGCCUUGGCUAUGCAGGUUCAGAAGGAACAGCCAGACUAUGGCCAGCAUUGAGUGAAUGUCCAGUGCAAGGGGGUGGUGCCUGGCCAUAGGGGAAUCCUGAGCUGCUGCUACCCAGAGUCAGAGCAUCUUCAGAUUGGGAAAACUGAGUCAGAUUUGGCAAGGCCUGGUAUGCAUGGUGCUGGGCUUUGGAGUGGGGGUGGGGAGAGAGAGAGAGAGAGAGAGAGAGAGAGAGAGAGAGAGAGAGAGAGAAAGAGAGAGAGAGAGAGAGAGAGAGAGAGAAGUAGAGAAGUAGAGAUAGAAAAAAAGAGACAGAGAGAGAAAACCUCUGUGGCUGUCUUUAGUCCCUUAAAGAGCCCAGGUUGCAGGCACCUGGGGUUCUCCCUGAGUCCAGGGCUGAUUCAAGAUCCUCCAAGCUGUGAGCCUGGCAUACCCAAUGCUCCCAACCUGUACCUACAUAUUCAAAAUAAAACAUUAACCAGUGGACGCC